GACUCAAGUUUUAUAUUCAAAGCUUCUAAGAGACUGCCAAUAUUAAAAGAGCACCAGAUGCAGAUCUCAUCUCAUCGUCAACACCUCUUCUGCUCAACAAUGGAGCAAAAUAGUGCGGCAGCAAAUGGAUUCAUAGAAGGCGUAGCAGUGGUUUCAUGUGGCGCCGGAGAAGGAAGACGAACUCGCGGCAGCUCACUCUCCGGCGGUCAGAUGGAGUCUCUCGCGGCUCUUUGUGACACCUUCUUCCCCGCCGUCAACAUCUCCGGCGACACUUCCGACGACUACGUCGCUGCGUAUUAUCGAACUUCGGCCUCCAUGGCUGGAACUCCACAAGGGGUAGCAGAAAUGAUAACGCAGAGGUUGCAGCAUCCAAAGCUUGUGCUAUUCCGAUUGGCGAUAUGGCUGCUGUCGACAUGCUUUGGGACGUUGAUAUUGUGUGGCAGAAAAAGCUUGUCGAGCCAUUUCCCAUACUUGCAGAGGUUCGCGAAGGUGAGGGCUGAGAAGAGGGAGGAGAUAGUGAAGUCAUGGUCACUCAGCUUCAUCUCUCACCUCAGAAUGCUCUUCUUCGCCUUCAAGAUCCUCACUCUACUCGUCUUCUUCACUCAGGUAGACGAUAAUGGCGAAAACCUGUCUUGGAAGGCCAUCGGCUACUGCGGACCAGACCCAGACUUCAUGAAAACCGUAACUCGAAAAUGCAGGACAUCGAAAGAAACUGGAUUUUUGAGAUCAGAUGACCCUGAAAACGAAGAUCUUGUUCGCAAAGAACCCAUCUAUGGCCCUCUAACUGACAGCCUCAUUCAUCUGAACAGUAAUCCACGACAACUGGUUGUUGAAAGUCUUCGAAGAUUAGGCUGUCCGGCCGCUAUUCUUGAUGGGAAAACAAAUCCUGGCCCAUCGUUAAUCGUCAAAUGCGAUGCGGUUGUCGUCGGCUCCGGCUCCGGUGGAAGCGUCGUCGCCGGCGUUCUAGCAAAGGCCGGCUACAAGGUGCUCGUCUUGGAGAAAGGAAACUACUUUGCCAGAGCCAAUCUCUCGCUUCUUGAAGGACCAACGAUGAAUCAUAUGUACAUGGGAAAUGGAUUACUCGCAACUGACGAUGCCGGAGUUGUGAUCCUCGCCGGAGAAACUGUCGGCGGAGGUUCCACCAUAAAUUGGUCGGCUUCAAUUUCGACACCAAAACACGUUUGCAAGGAAUGGUGUGAGGAAUACGGGCUUGAGCUGUUUGAGAGCAAACUGUACAGAGAAGCCAUGGAAGUUGUCUGCGAGAGAAUGGGAGUUCAAUCUGAAGUUGAGAACGAAGGGUUUAACAAUGCGGUUUUGAGAAGAGGGUGUGAAGAAUUGGGGUAUCCGGUGAACAACAUUCCCCGAAAUUCGGCUGCCAAUCACUGCUGCGGCUGGUGCGGCCUCGGCUGCAAAGAUGGGAGGAAGAAAGGCGGCGCCGAGACUUGGCUGGUGGACCUGGUGGAUUCCGGCAACGGCGCAGUUCUUCCCGGCUGUGAGGCCGUGAAGGUCCUCACCAGGAGAAGGAAAGGAAGAGAUAGAAGCAUUGCAACUGGUGUUGCUUUCGAAUUCCAAUAUAAUGGAGAAAGGAAAGAAACUUGCAUCGUUGAAUCAAAGAUCACCAUUGUCGCCGCCGGCGCUCUCAGUACACCGCCGCUGCUGAAACGGAGCGGCCUGAAGAAUGGAAACAUCGGCCGCAACCUCCAUCUCCAUCCUGUCACAAUGGCCUGGGGCCACUUCCCGGAAACAAAUCCAUGGCCGGAACCAGACAAGAGGAGCUACGAAGGUGGGAUAAUGACGGCGAUGUCAACCGUCGUCGCGGAUUUCGAUAAGUCCGGCUACGGCGCCGUGAUUCAGACGCCGUCACUGCACCCCGGCAUGUUCUCAAUCGUCAUGCCGUGGAUUUCUGGAACCGAUAUGAAGACGCGAAUGUGCAGGUUUUCAAGAACUGCCCAUAUAUUUGCAUUGGCCAGAGAUAAAGGAUCAGGAAAAGUGAUUUCGCCAAACUCAAUCAGCUAUCAGAUGGACAACAUUGACGAAGAGAAUCUGCAGAAGGGACUAGAAAAGGUGUUGAGAAUACUUACAGCCGCGGGAGCAAAGGAAAUCGGGACGCAUCAUCGGAGUGGCGAGAGGCUGAGAGUGAAAGAAGUGAGCUCGAAUGAGUUCGAGAGGUUCGUAAAGAAGGAGAGUUCGAGGCCACUGAAGGACCUGCUGACGCCGAUAUGCUCGGCGCACCAGAUGGGGAGUUGCCGGAUGGGGUCGGAGCCGAGGUGGUCGGCGGUGAACCAGAACGGGGAGACGUGGGAGGUGCAGGGUCUGUUCGUGGCGGACUCCAGCGUAUUUCCAACGUCUUUGGGAGUGAAUCCGAUGGUCACUGUUCAGGCUAUUGCGUACUGCACUGCCCAGACUGUGCUUGAGGUUCUGAGCAGGAAGAAGAGCAAAUAGUAGUAGGGAGCUUAAAACAGUAUUAUUUGGACGUAAAUAAAUGGGCCAACUGCCCCUAACUCGCUUUAUUUUUAUUGCAGACAAAUUAAUUAGUUAUUAUUUUGGGAAUAUUUAAAUAAGUCACUGUAUUUGUAUUAUUGAAUUUAAAUUUUAUGUCAAGAAAUUUGGCUUC